AUGAAAAAGACAGGCAACGGCAGCGUGUUUGCUCAAAGGGCUCAGGUAUGUUCGUCCUGCUCCUGCUCGUUGCUCAAUUAGCUGAUUUUCAUGAGACCUGGCUGGCGAUCGAGUCAAUCAAGAAUGCACUGUCUCCACUGGGCAUCGAGGACAGACAGACAUACCGGGUGACCUUCGAUGGCAACGGCAACGUCACAGUACACACUUUCAGCGAGGACCGCCACAGUCUCCAGGACUCUUUACCCGCUUCGACAUCCCAAACUUUGGUUCCGACUACAUUUCAUGACGAAGAUUCCGGCACCGAGAAUGACGGAACCAGACUCACUGGCGAACACGAGUCUGGACCCAGGGUCAAGCGUGAGGUCCGUGUACGAGGCCGGUCAAAGAGACGACAAGAGGCCCCCGCGCCGUAUCCUUCCCCAAGAAAACCCAAGAAUUCACACGCUUCGGACCUCGAACAGGACCUGGAACCUAUCCGGCCUCAGAGAAAAGCGAAGAGCUUCCGGAUCGAUGAGACGGAUAAAGUCGUUGCUUUUCUCGGCAGUCGACUGAAGAGGAUGCAGCAGCUGGCAGACAAGAAAAUUGCCAAAGCCUGGAUCAAAGGUAUCUGUCCGAAGAAGCAAGCCAAAUUUCCGUAUCAGAACAACAAAAAAGACCCACAGGCGGGCGAGAACCCGGAAGUUCCUGGUUGGUGGCCGGAGCCGAAUGGCGUUUGUCGAUUUGUUGAGCCAGACCACAUCAGAAGAGAUGGUAAGUUCUUCCAACUCCAAGAUUUGCCGUCCUCCACUGACUUUAGUAGAGCGCAUGAAGCUGUGUCUCCAUCUACUACGUCUGCGUCCCUCUCCUGAACAACUCAAAGCAUGGAACAAAGAUAUGACGGAGCCUCACCCAAUACAUCGCAACGUUGGAUGGACAGCUUUUCUGCAAGAGCUGGCGGGACCUGAGAUCUUCGACGACCUGCCCAAGGAGGACAAGAAGCGAAAACAGCAGCGGCAGGAACUUCUUCACCAGAUGUACCAAGUGGCGCAAAUGGAGGAAGAUUUCCAAAUAGGUGGUAUUGGUAAGUGCAUUCUUCCACCUUCUUGAUCCUAACUCUUACUGACGCUUGGAUCUGGAAGAUGGUAGCGAGGUCUACUCGUGGGAAGAAGACGAAGAGGACCGAAAGCUUCUUCCAACCAAGCGAACGCAUCAAUCAUGCACGACUUCGACAAGGACUUCCAUGUCUCGUUCUUCGUCGGCAUCAGGCAGCUGCAACAGAGCCAAGAGAGUCAAAGGAGGGUCUCUGUCCAAUGAAUCUCCCAUAAUGCCGACACAGCCUGUAGAAGGUGCGAUGGAAGACAUCCACUACGACCCCGAUCAAGUCAGUAACCAAGAACCUGCGCGCGACCACUUCAACUUUCCUCCAGACCCUGGUUCCGGUCGCCCGGAAGCCUUCAGCCAGAGCUUUGCCGCGGAGCCCCAACUCAGACAAAGCAAUCCUUUCAUGGGACAUUUUGAGACCGUUCCCAUGAAGCGAGAGAGUAGCUAUCCCGGCCAUACGCAGGCGCAGAAUCUACCGUGGCAGCCUUCUGGAAUGUGGGUCGCCGAGCCGGUGACGUACUGCUCUUCGCAGUACCAAAAUGCAGCGCAGCCUGUCCAACGUUCCAAGGUCGACACUGUGCCAGAGCCACAGUUCCAUCCCAUGCCAACGGUCCCCAUGUUCCUGCCCAUGGACAUGACGCAGAUGCCGCUUGGCAACUGCGAGAUCCCAUCGGAAUCAACCUAUCCAAAUGGCAUGCCUCCCGCGCAGUAUUUUAUGCCGGCCAACUCAGACCAUCACGAGUUCCAGCGUCCAGCCUCGGUGCCUCAACACGGCUUCCAGCAAUUGGCGGAGCGCCACAUGACUCCGGUCCAAUACAACGGCAUGGCGUUCACCCAACCGGCUUGGCAUGACCGUCAAUAUGCCAGUCAGAAUCCGACCUGA